AUGGGUUUUAAUGGUGAUAAGUUUACCUGGUGGAACCGAAGUUGCCAAGAUAGUGCUAUUCGAGAAAGACUAGACCGAGGACUCCUAUCUCCUAAACUAAGAGAGGAGUAUCCUUGGGCCAGUGUUACUCACUUAGAAGACACAGGAUCAGACCACAGACCACUCUUGAUGUGCACUAACCAGACAACACAUAAGGGCAAGAGGCGCUUCAGAUUUCAAGAGAGAUGGUGUGGAAUGGCAGAGGUUGAUAAAAUUGUAUCUGAGGCAUGGCUGACUUCUUUUCCAGGUUCAUCAAUGUACCAACUGUUUCAGAAAUUAAAGAAGUGCAGACAUGAACUGGUUAAAUGGCAAUCAGCUAGAACAAGUAACUCUAAAAAGAAGAUAGACGAGCUGAAAGCACUAUUAUCAGUGGUCAAGGCAGACCCAACAACAGCAGAUAAAAAACAGAUUCUAUUAUUAGAAGAUGAACUAGCUGCCGCCCACAUUAGUGAGGAACGCUACUGGAAAGAAAAAUCAAGAGUGAGCUAG